AGCCUGAUCUCAAAAAAAAGUUUGCUAAAAACCUGAGUUUGAAGAACUCAUAUGACCUCAAGGAUGAAAAACAAGAGAACACAGCUUCAGAAACUAAAUCCGGAGCAUUGAUUGAUACGGAAUUCACUUCAAAACUGGUAGCAAAUGUUGAAGAUGACAUCGAAAACAUUGCAGAUCCAAUUGGGGAGGAACUUGCCACAAAUGCACUUGAAUAUCGUCGUUUACUCGAAUCCGACACUCUUGAUCCAUUGCAGGGUACACAUAUAUUAAUCGUUCAUAAGAAAUUUGUUAGAUACGGAUCAAGUAAAGAAGAAAAGAAAAUGAGGGAGGAUUAUCCAGAUGCUAUUACAUUUUCAGCACCUGAUGCUAAUACAAAUACAGGUGCAGAGAAAGAGUGGCAGGUGCAUAUUCGUCUUCGAAAUACAGUAAAUGCCCAGGAUGAAGCGGGAAUAGCAAAUGUAGAGCAAGGUUUCCGAAUGAUAAUGGAUACAGACGCAACAACGACUGUAAUCCCAUACUUUAUAAGAAGAAAACUAUAUAAUGCUCAAGAUGGUUGGAGUCCAAAUCCUAGUAGAGCUGAUGGAUAUGGUGCUAGCACAAAAAUGUUUCAGGCUUCAAGAGAUUGGUACAUUUGCUUAG